UAUCCGCUUUGUGACAGGACCAAAAACAUUUGAUGUAUUUUUCCAUUUUGAGGUAGAGUGAUGUCAGCGUCUGCCAGGCUCUAACUGCUGUUGACAGACUUCCAGCUGCUUCCAAUGUCUGAGGAGCCUCCCUUUUCCUUAUGACAUCACAGAGUCUUUAAGUCUACAGACUGGACACAGCUAAUAACAUAAACCCGGGACCAGACCUGUCAGACCUUUUAAAGAGAGUGCAGGAGCAAAGGGCAGCACAUUCACACACAAGACUACAGCCAGACUAAGGAUGUCUUCAUUUGGACUAACUGUUUUUUUGCUGGCUUGUACCUGGGCAUUCACUGAGGCUCAGGAGAGUUGCAAAGGUCGCUGUGGCCAGGGCUACUACAGAGGCUACACGUGUCAGUGUGACUACAACUGUCUGCUCUAUGGAGAGUGCUGCAAAGACUAUGAGAGGCUCUGUACCUCCAAAAACUCAUGUAGGGGGCGCUGUGGUGAGACGUUCAAGCGCGGUCGGACGUGUGACUGUGACUCAGACUGUACGAAAUACAAGAAAUGCUGUUCAGACUACAAUGACCACUGUACUGAGACAGAUCUUCCACCUGUGACCACAGAGGAGUCGUUAGAAACCCAGGAUAGUGAAGGCAACGUUCCAGCUGACAACUUCGUGCCGACUGUAAACCCUACAUCUUACCCAAACGAUGACCCUGAUAGUGCCUCUAAACAGGUAGGAGAGUUGGAGGGUCCGGACCCCAGCCCACCUACAGAGGGCACUAGCGGCUUUGGCUCCACCCCCUCAGACGCACAGGAGGACUACACCACUAGACCUCCUCUGCCCGACCUGGACGGCUUUGAAAUACUCCCAGAGACGAUAACAACAACCACUGCACUCAAAGAGGAAACGACACAGAGCCCUACCACUGUGACCCCCAGCGCUACAGAAGUGACUGCCAAUACAGAUCCUUCACCUGAGGCCACAGAGGAGCCAUUGGGAACUUCAGAUAUAAAUGAAGGCACCGAGCCAGAUGCUGAUGACUCCACCAAUGCUCCAGAAUCCACAGAGGCCGAGCUUUUGUCCAGUCAACCACCAACAGAAGUGGCUACUCUCCCCACAGAUCAGCAAACUACUACAGCCCAAACUGCUCUUGCACAGAUGAAUGAAAACCCAACAAGCGCUCCAUCUGUACCUCCUUCUGAAAUGCCUGAAACCGUCCCUUUAAUUCCUGAAUCAGAAGAAUCCACUGCAACUAUUCACUCUGCAUCCACUGUAGUAGACAAGACAGACGCAACUACCACUGUACCAACAACAAUCAACGAGGAAACUACUGCAACACCAGAAAUUACCACAGCAAGCUCAAAUCCUUCUACUUUAGCUCCGUUAGAAGUGGGAGACGUGAGUAUAGUGUCUUCAGCAAAUUCAGAGGAAGUAGACGCAACAGCCGCUCCUACUUCCAAACCAGACCCGGAAAAGCCCAUUGAACAAGUCCCGGAUUCUGAGAAUGUAGAAGAAGUAGAUGCAACUACAGCUAAAGUACCAGAUGGGACUGAAAUUUCAACAGCUGCACCCACUUCCAAACCAGACCCAGAAAAGCCAGCUGAACCAGGCCUGGAUACUGAGAACCCAGAAGAAGUAGACGCAACUACAGUUAAAGUACAAGAUGUGAUUGAAAUUUCAACAGCUGCUCCCACGUCCAAACCAGACCCGGAAAAAAACAACCUGGAAACGCCCACUGAACCAGGUCUAGAUGCUAAGAACCCAGAAGAAGUAGACGCAACUACAGUUAAAGUACCAGAUGUUACUCAAAGUUCAACAGCUGCACCCACUUCCAAACCAGACCUGGUAAAACCCAAACCGGAAAAGCCCCUUGAACCAGCACUGGAUCCUAACAACAAACCUGUGCUCAAUGGACUCAGUGAUUCAACAGAGUACCCCGCAGAUGACAGCAAUGACAUGAACCUGUGCAGUGGUCGUCCCAUCAGUGGAGUCACGGCGCUUAGUAACGGGACAGUGGUGGUGUUCAGAGGUCACUACUUCUGGGUUUUGGACAGAAACCGAAUCCCAGGUCCAGCUCAAAGCAUCACUCAAGUGUGGGGCAUCCCGUCUCCUAUAGAUACUGUUUUCACACGCUGCAACUGCCAGGGCAAGACUUACAUUUUCAAGGGCCCUCUGUACUGGAGAUAUGAAAAUGCCGUUUUGGAUCCUGGAUAUCCCGAACGCAUAGACACUGGUUUUCAUGGACUCAGAGGCCAGGUCACAGCUGCUUUGUCUGUGCCUCAGUACAACCGCAGAGAGGAGUCGGUUUAUUUCUUCAAAAGAGGUGGCACUGUUCAGAGAUAUUCAUACCAGUCUGGGACCAACCCGUCAUGUGGGAGGAGAGUCCAUUUGGCAGUUUACACACAUCGGAACAGGAUAGCUCGACAAGUCUCUGUAGUUUCAGGGUUGGGGCCGUCCAUAAGCUACAAGACGUCAUGGAGAGGUUUCCCCACAACCAUCACUGCAGCCGUGUCCAUCCCCAACAAGAGAGAGCCAGAGGGAUACAGCUACUACGUCUUCUCCAGAUCUAAAUCCUACAAAAUACAGAUAGAAGGCGAGAGACCAGUUAUUGCCACACCUAAACCCGGUGCAUCCCCUCAAAGCAACGAAAUCUUCAAAUGUCCAAAGAAAGUCUCCAAAUCACAAUGACAGCUUUGAUUUUUACA